CUGGGAGGAGGAGGAGGAGCGCGGGAGGAAGGAGAGGAGGAGCGGCGAGCGGUAGCCACGAUCGCCACCACCAGGCAGAGGAAGAGUUCGUGAGGAGGGAAAGACCCUCCUCCCACUUGGAGCGCCUGGUGUCUGCUUUCGGAAAAAGAGAAUACAGGAUAAAGGAGGAGAAGGAGAGAAGAAGGGGGAAGAAAGUGAGGAGGGAGAGAGACGGGGCGGGGGGGAAAAAAACGAGAACAGUGAAGGCCGGUGCGUGCAGGGAGCCUGAGGCGCGGGGGCGGCCGUGCCGAGCCAAGAGCGCUGCCGCUUGGGCAGGUGCCGGGCCGCUGCCUGGAGGCGGCAUGUGACGCGGCCGCAGCUGCCCGCGGGCGGAGCGCUCUCGGACCCGGGAGCGCACACCGCGGGGCAAGUCGGUGCCAUCCGGAUCCCCACGCUCCUUGUGAGUUCGCCGGCGGCAGCCUCGCUUCUGCAAAGACGCGCGAUGAACCGAAGGGCGGCUCCGGGCAUGGGCGUGUGGUCCUAGGACACUCUCUCCGUGAGCUCUGAGCAGCAGGCGACUAAGGGACAGCGGACGGGGCGCCUCCCGCGUGUCGGGGAGGCGCGGGCGACCGCCCGUGGGACAGUCACCUGGAGCGCAGCGGCCAGAUCUGAACGGUGAUGGCACACAUUUCAGUUACGAGUUGCUCAGUGAGCUGUGGAUUGAUGGAACUAUGAGGGUCCUUGUGAUGUACACCUGGAAGACCCUUCACUACAACUGUGUUCUGAUCAGAGGCCAAAUAAAUGACAUUUGGAACUUCCACUAAGGUACUAUAAGCUUUCUUGGGGACAUGGCCCCUGUUUUCUUCCUGCAAGAAAAAUUCAGCACACAGCAGAGUCCUUAAUCAAUUGGGUUGCUUUAAGGAUCCUACCUGGAAUAGGGACUCCAUUUUACAGAUGAAGACACUAAGGCACAGAGAGAUCAAGUAACUUUCCUAAAAGUCACAAAACAGACUAUGUCCGAGAAUCACAAUGAGCUGGCACACUAACAGUACAACCUCACCUUUGUUUCCAAACAUCAGCUCGCCCUGGGUGCAUAGCCCCUCAGAUGCUGGGCUGCCCCCAGGCACAGCCACUCACCUUGGCAGCUACAACGUCUCUCGGGCGGCCGGGAAUUUCUCCUCUGCCAAUGACACCACCAGUGACCCGCUGGGAGGCCACACCAUCUGGCAGGUGGUCUUCAUCGCCUUCUUAACGGGUGUCCUGGCCUUGGUGACCAUCAUCGGCAACAUCCUGGUGAUCGUGGCCUUCAAGGUCAACAAGCAGCUGAAGACGGUCAAUAACUACUUCCUCUUAAGUCUGGCCUGUGCCGAUCUGAUUAUUGGGGUCAUUUCCAUGAACCUGUUUACCACCUACAUCAUCAUGAAUCGGUGGGCUUUAGGAAACUUGGCCUGUGACCUCUGGCUCUCCAUUGACUAUGUGGCCAGCAAUGCCUCGGUCAUGAACCUUCUGGUCAUUAGCUUUGACAGGUACUUCUCCAUCACGCGGCCGCUCACGUACCGAGCCAAACGAACGACAAAACGAGCUGGCGUGAUGAUCGGCCUGGCAUGGGUCAUCUCCUUUGUCCUCUGGGCCCCGGCCAUCCUGUUCUGGCAGUACUUUGUCGGGAAGAGGACGGUGCCACCCGGCGAGUGUUUCAUCCAGUUCCUCAGCGAGCCCACCAUCACGUUCGGGACGGCCAUCGCCGCCUUCUACAUGCCUGUCACCAUCAUGACUAUUUUAUACUGGAGAAUCUAUAAGGAGACCGAGAAACGUACCAAAGAGCUCGCUGGGCUGCAGGCCUCGGGGACAGAUGCAGAGGCCGAGAACUUUGUCCACCCCACAGGCAGCUCUCGGAGCUGCAGCAGCUAUGAGCUGCAGCAGCAGAGCCUGAAACGCUCGGCCCGGAGGAAGUACGGCGGCUGCCACUUCUGGUUCGCCACCAAGAGCUGGAAGCCCAGCGCGGAACAGAUGGAUCCCGACCACAGCAGCAGCGACAGCUGGAAUAACAACGACGCAGCCGCCUCCCUGGAGAAUUCGGCCUCUUCCGACGAGGAGGACAUCGGCUCGGAGACCCGCGCCAUCUACUCCAUCGUGCUCAAGCUGCCCGGGCACAGCACCAUCCUCAACUCCACCAAGCUACCCUCCUCGGACAACUUGCAGGUGCCCGACCAGGCGCUGGGGGCAGCCGACCCACAGAGGAAAGCUGGCAAGCUGCAGGCCCAGAAGAGCAUGGACGAUGGCGCCGGCUUCCAGAAAAGCUUCUCCAAGCUCCCCAUCCAGCUAGAGUCCGCCGUGGACACAGCCAAGGCGUCGGAGGCCAACUCCUCGGUGGGCAAGUCCACGGCCACUCUACCUCUGUCCUUCAAGGAGGCCACUCUGGCCAAGAGGUUUGCUCUGAAGACCCGAAGCCAAAUCACCAAGCGGAAGCGGAUGUCCCUCAUCAAGGAGAAGAAGGCGGCGCAGACGCUCAGUGCCAUCUUGCUGGCCUUCAUCAUCACCUGGACCCCGUACAACAUCAUGGUUCUGGUGAACACCUUUUGUGACAGCUGCAUACCCAAAACCUAUUGGAAUCUGGGCUACUGGCUGUGCUACAUCAACAGCACCGUGAACCCCGUGUGCUAUGCGCUGUGUAACAAAACAUUCCGAACCACUUUCAAGAUGCUGCUGCUCUGCCAGUGCGACCGGCGGCGGCGGCGGAAGCAGCAGUACCAGCAGAGACAGUCCGUCAUCUUCCACAAGCGCGUGCCCGAGCAGGCCUUGUAGGGGGGGCUCGGCCCAGCGUGGCGGCCACGCGCACGCAUCCACCCGCAGACCUCCGGGGGGCGCCAGCCGGCAGUGGGGUGAUUGCCGGGGUGAUCAAAAGGGGUUUGUCUUUUUAUCACCCAGAUAUGAAGGAAGCUGCCUGUUUACUGACCCAGUGAAUAAACCCAUUUUAAUAUAGAAAGACACCAAGUCAGCAAAAAAACAAAACAAAACAUAUUCCUAAAUAUAAAGAAAUUUAUUCUGAAAUAGACUUUGGUUUUUUUUUCCCUCAAAGAGGGGGGAAAAAUGUUUCAUAGCAAUUCCACACCCAAAUCUGUCUGCUGGGUUCUCUGAAUCCCCGUUAGUGCGGGAAAUCUUAGCUGACCAUCACUAGCUGAGCCCGGGGGCCACGUUCCUUCCGAGGAGCCCAUGCAGGGCGAUCCAGGUCCCACAGGGAACAUGUCAGGCUAGUGAAUCAGUGGUUCAGAAAUUACUUCAUACGUUGUAAAGCUGAACCUUCUUGUCCCAAUAGAGCUUCCCCGUCUUCUUUGGUGUGUUGUUCAACUCCACUUGUGGACUUGAUUCUUGCAAAGUACUAUUUCGUGCAUUUCCAGUUUCGUACCAAUAAAAAUAUACAAGUAUAUAUAUAUAUGUGUGUGUGUGUGUGUGAGAGAGAGAGAGACUUCUGCACACACACACAGUGUAUAUAAUAUACUGGGAAUCACUGAGCUGGCAAAUUAUUCUUGCAAUAUAUGCUUUCAGUACUUUGAUAACUGAAGUUCUCUAGGAUCCUGACACAACAUAAAAGUGAAAUAAACCCAGUGUAAUAUUUUGGAAACCAGGGCUUUUUUUUUUUUUCCCCCACAAACCAUCCCGGGGAAUGCAGCAGCGCACAUUCAGACUCUUGAGUAUAAGCCGUGUAAGCCGGGUGCUUUGCUGAUCUCGACAGAGCUCCAGCAAACUGGAGCCCCUCUGAGCAAGCCCCACCCACGAACCACGUCCACAGGGUUGAAUCUAACUGUCCAAAUCUCAAUGUUGCCCAACAGUGUUGCCCAACAAAAUUUCUGCUAUCUCAGCUGCUUGAAACUCAUCAUGUCGCACUUGAAUGUCACACGCAGCAAUAUCUAUGGCAAAGUGCCCCAGUGACACCGUGGGGGCGGGGGGAGAACGUGGUGUUGGAGGUCCUGCUACCUGUCCCCUUCUAGAUGCAAAAGGGCAUCCCCCUGCAUUACCUAGCUGUGGCCAGCGCUCUCCGGGGUUCCUUGCACAACACUCAGUCACAGUGGGGUUCGGGAAGUCUCCUGUCCUCCGAAGAAAGUAUUAACACUUUUUAAAAAGUAUUUCUUCAAGUUGAUUUCCUUAACCUUUUGAAAAAAAUGAUUCUGUAUCUCCUUUGAAUUGAUCCAAAAGCUCAAUGUUGUACUAGGGGGGUGGGUGGGAAGGGUUGCCACCGUGGCUUGUCAUUUUUGUCACUGUUGUAGUUGUUGGGGUUCCUUCCUUUCCUUUCACCGGGGCAGUGUGGGGAGCGGGAGGGGAGGGGGCGGGGUGGGGGGGUCGAGAAGAAAUCUCACCUCUGUACAGGGCCUCGGGUCGUGGACCCCGGGCCGGGGUAGAAGCUGCUUCUGUGUUCACUGUGAGCUGGUGUUUACAGGUGACAACAGUGGGUGUGGGCUCAGUGGUGUCUGUGUUUCUGAACUAUUUAAUUUCAUGUUCUGUUUAUAUGAAGAAAUAUUUAUGCAUACUUCACCAAGUGUCUAUUUAAUGUUGAUAAAUAUUACCCUUCGGUCUUCAGCCGUGGUGUCCCUCGAAAGUGAUUCUUUCAGGUCCCCCCAAGCAAUCAGUGCGGUCCGUCGAGCUUUUCACAAGGCUGAGGAGAAGACGACGGCCAUCCUGCUGGCAGCAACAAGUCCCUAGCUCCUGGGGAAUAAAAAGUCAACUGUGACUUUGACAGAAACGUGGAAAAACCACUCUUUCGUUGAACCCGAUGGGAAAUGAACGAAGCAACCCUCCACCUUGGUGUUUGAAAUUACAUGACAAUGGUAAAAAAUAAAUAAAUAAACCAGAUCAGCGUAAUUGAAAGAAAAAAAAAUUAUAUAUAUAUAUAUAUAUAUAUAUAUAUAUAUAUAUAUAUAUAAUUUUGGGCCCACAUUCAACCAAAGAACAAGAAAAACCAGAGACUAUUUUCUAAUACAUAGAGCAAACUACGGAAUGUUCUGUGAUCCACUUGUGAACGUCUGGUGAGCAACAGCAUCUCUGUUUUCCUACUCUGGUUGGCCUGACACUAAUAAACAUAUGAAUGCUGA